ACUGAUACCACACUUGGCCUUUCGGCAUACUACUUCAAUCGCCGACUACUGUUAACUAACUAAACUUUAUAAUAAUAGUUAUAACUACUUGGACCAUGGAACAUAUACCAAGACUUAAUUAAUUAAGUUUCCGAUUACGAGUCUAACUAAAAACGGAAAACGUUUAGUAGCGUAAGUAGUGUUUAAACGAUGUAUUGAUGACUUCCAGAAACUCAAGUCAGCAGACGAUCAUCACGUUUUCAGAAACCCGCAAAAUGCCGUCUGCCGGAAGUCCUUAUGGCGGGGUGUGUUCGCGUAGGAAUAAGUGCCUUGUGUUCACGUUAUUCCUCACAGUAGGAGCGUUGAUAAUGUUGAUUAACGCCGGAAUGUUCAGUAGUAACGUAGGCUUCACGGGAGGCGUUUGCAACCUGGAUGAUAUUCCAUUGCAGCAGAAUUUCGACAAGAAGAAAUUUGCGGGAAACUGGUACGCGACACAGACAAAAGGGAUGGAAAACAAAUUACUCGCCACAUUGUUGGAUUUUUAUGACGUUAAAGUUAAUUUCAUUCUUAAGAAUGACGACCAAUAUGACGUCAAAUCAGUUGGCGGGAAAUUUUAUGGCAUGUGGUGUCCGAUUGGUGAAGGUCAUUUGACGUCAGCAGACGACAACGUGCCACAGCGGAUGCAGAUCCUGUUCGACACACCGACGGGGAAGAAGUUUGGCACGAAGGACGUCUGGUUGGUGAAAACAGACUAUACCAGAUACGCGGUGUUAUACUCGUGUUGGGACAAGACACCGGACGGCAGGUGUGCGCCGGGCUCAGCGUACGCGGGAGUCUUACAGCGCAGCCGGGAUCCACUUCCGGAAGACGCAGUGACCGACAUCCACGCCGAGCUCAACGAUUGCUGCAUCAGUCCCAAGUCGCUGAGAAAACUGAAACAUGAAGGGUAUUGCAAGUCGACGCAGGACGAGAUCGGCUGAAGGAAGUGACGUCACUCUAAAUUGUGAUGCGAUAUUGUUGUUAUGUUUUUUGUGUUUUGUUUUACACGUGACUGAUCAUCCUUCAUAACUUUGAUGUCACAUUGUUAUCGUUGUUCCAGCAGACUGAGCAGCUAAAAGUAAUGAGUUCUCAACUGUGAUGUCACACUUAUAUUAUUUUUGUUGUUGUUGUUACAUAUGACUGAUUUUUAAUGGCACAUUCAAUGCAAACGGCUGUGGAAAGUCCGCGGUCACAACGAUACGAUUUAGGAUGCGAUUAACGAUAUUUAUGUAAAUACAUGUAGUUGUAAAGCGUGAACAAAACAUGUCUUCUGAAUGAUUUGAGAAGAAUCCGCUGGCUCAUUUUCGGAUACGAUUGAUUAAAAGACGUCUGACCCGCUCA